CGUUUUGUGCUGCCCCUGCUCAGGGGAACAGAAGCAGCAGCUUCACCAUGAGGCAUUUUCUGCCAUAGCCAUUCAAAAGACAGCUCCAUGUCUGAAGUGCUGCCAGACUGAGCUACGAGCACUGCGAAGCAAACAGCUGCCACAUCCUCAUCCUACUUCUUGUCACGGCACUGCACUGGAGCUGGAAGUUUUUCAGCAAUGUAACUAGGUAAGGGGUAUUUAUUUUGAUGAAAAUGAAGGUAAAAUCCCUAUUUCCCAGUUGGUUUGACUCCUAUUUACAAAGAUCUAGUAAUGCAUGUAUGUAGGAGAAAUAUCUUACAUGAGUAAAAAUGUGCCCUGCUAAUAUUAAAAGGUGCGCGGUGGAAUUUUGCCUAAGGAUAAAAUGUCAUUUUAAUUGAAAGCUGCUGUAACUUGAUAGGGCAUAUCCACAACAGUCUUGAGGAUCUACUUUAAAAUACAGUUAAAGACAGAGACUACUCCCACCCCUGUCUCUUAGAGCUACAUGUCCUCUUUGAUCCAUCCAUGGUGCUUACGAUUCCUAAGAGACACGCAUACUGUCAGUAGUCUGAGCUCAUUAAUAUUUAUAUACCUUUCAUCUGAAGAUGUGUGCUUUGCAAUUAUUAAUUAAAAAACAUUUCACAAACCCCUAAAAUUUAGCUCCAUUGCAUAGCUUACAAAAUGAGGAAAGUUUGUGUGUCCUUUGCAUGAAACAAAGUGAGAUUAGGAAUGUGGAAGCUUGUCUGCAUGGACUUUUACUGUGCAGUAUUUCUCUACCUUUCUUUUGCCAGUAACUUUGGACAAGGCAGCACAGGUUUCCCUUGACAAUAAGAUGCACCAUGAGCUGUACUACCUAGGCAAUACUGAGAAGAUAAGUGAAGGGAGCCUUCUCUUUCGUUCUGGUUCUUCACACAGUGCUUGCUUGCUUUUUAGAAAGCUUCUUUAAAACUACAGCCUGGAAAUGCUUUGUCAGCCCUGCAGCCCACAUCUCGAGUGAAUAUUUUCUUGGACAUGUUAAACUCUUCCCUUACCCUGUAUUUUGGUUCUCAUGUUAGAGUAGAUAGAAGGGAUGGUGGGUUAUAAUCCACCAGAUGUGGCCCUCUCCUCUCCGUCCUCCCUGGUGCUUAUGGAAUGAAGGAGCUUGGCUCAGUGUGAGACUGAUAACGGGAGGGAGGGCUUGCCAUGCGAUUAGACCAGUUCACUGUAAACAUCUAAGUUGCACAAGUGGCUCAAACUUUGAUCUUUUUGUUGUGGAAAAGAAAUCUGAGACUCUGAAACCUGCCCUCAGUCACAAACAAGGAGGUGGACAUUACUCAAGCCCAACUGUGGAAAUGUAAAUACAGUUAAAUGUGAUCAAAAUGGAAAAAGCACUUUUUUCUUCCUCAUCCCCUGCUCCCCAGUGUACUGCCUACUUUUACCAGGGGCUCCUACUCUGACUUGCCUAGCUUUGUUUGUGAAUGCAGGCCCCAGUCUCACACCUGAAACACCCAAAUCCAAAUGCUCCCGAGUGCUGUCUGGGAUAAGGUUUAAGCCACAGGUGCAAUUAAGCUUUUAAGUGGUAAGCCUAUUUGGUUAGGGGCACACCUAGAGCCUGCAACAAGCUGGGAGAAAAACGAUCAGUCUUUCAAACUGACAGGUGGUUCCUGAAAUACUGCUGGAAGGGUUAAGAAGAAGCUACAGCUUUUGUGAUUCUUCUGGUAUUUAGUGUAACAACUCUCAGAACAAGGUCUUUGUGGAUACAUCUGGCUGUCCUAGUGAGGUGGGAUUUGAUUUUAAUUACAAAUCUGGUAAUGGAUUAUCAAAAUGAUGGUUUUGCUGAAGCCUUGGGCACACUCUUCAUAGUCCUGUCUUCUUUUUCUCUCAUGCCCUCCUUCCAAAAUCUGCUUGUGCAAACACUGGAGCAAAAGGAUAUGUUUUGUGGAAGUGUAGGCUGUUAGCCUGUGGUCUGUUUUACUAUUGGCAUUUAGGCCUUUGAUUAGAUUUUUAGAGGAGAAAUGUCAUAGUAGGUUGUCUGAUAAAAUGCUGGUGAAUAUUUUAAGAUGCAAAUGUUUACAGGCAUUCAAUGAAGAUAAGAAAAAUGAGGGAUGUGAGAUUUCAGUAAUUCCUUACCAUUCUGAUUUUUUUGCACUGUGUCAUAGCUUUGCUUUUACAAUCAUUAGAACAGCAUCAGAGACCUUUGCUUUGCAUAGCCUUGAGUUCUUGGGCAAGGAUUUAAACAUGGAACAUUAAGACAUGUUAGUGAACAUGUCCUAAUUAGUCUCUUCCUUGGCUACCACAUCCUCAAAGGCCACAAGCCUUACCUACACUAUACUUCUCAAAUACCUUCAACAGUAUAGUAUUUUAUCCUAGUCUAGACAAAGUCUUAAGGGUUAUGUUGUCUAGUCAACUAAUCACUCCUUUUAGUGGGAAAACUGUUUUUCCUUUAGAAUUGUUUCUCUGUUUUUUCCUCCUUGCUGUCUUCUUUUCUCCUCCUUCCCUCUGCAUACCUUCCCUGCAGCAACUCCUGUUCCAUCUGCCGUAAUGGAAGCAUUAACUAUUUAAUUGCUGAUUAGGAAAAUCUCAUCACGUGGGCUUUGCAACAAUACUGGAGUGGGAGGCAAGAGGAAGGAGAUGUGAAGCUAUUCUGUUCUGAAUCAGCAUGGGAUAGAGUGCCUAGAAGACGUUCAGACCAAGCACAGCUAGCGCGUCCCUGCUGGUUCUCCAUUCUGCAUCCGUGCAGCCACGUUCUAUUGAUGGCCUGUUGUGAUUUCAAUGGAACAUCAUGGGAUGUACCUGGCACGUCGGGCAGCACUGGAUGGAGGUGCCUUUAGCCCAAUGUACCUGGCAUGUACUGUUAGCUCACUGUUCAGGUGCUCGGUGUCUAGCCUUCUCAUCCAGCCACAAAUCCUCUACGUGAAAUGAGUGAUUCCUUAGAUCUGUUUUUGAUUGAUUCUUUGCUUCACUGGUGUUGCUUCUUAAAAGGUGGUAAGGUGAAGGUGAGAGGAAGAGAAGGUGGAGAUGGAACUGCCAAAUCAUGCCAAACAACUGCUACUGCAGCUGAACCAGCAACGAGCCAAAGGUUUCCUCUGUGAUGUGAUCAUUGUGGUAGAAAAUGCCCUGUUUCGUGCCCAUAAGAACAUCCUGGCAGCCAGCAGCAUGUAUUUCAAAUCCCUUGUUCUGCAUGACAACCUGAUAAACUUAGACACGGACAUGGUGAACCCCACUGUGUUCCGGCAGAUCUUGGACUUUAUUUAUACUGGUAAGCUCUUAACGACUGACCAGCCUGGUGAACAGAACUUUAAUGCUCUCCUCACCGCAGCAAGCUACCUCCAACUGCACGACCUGGCAGCUCUCUGCAGAAAAAAGCUGAAGCGGAACAGCAAGUCCUUUGCUGGCAAGGCCGGUGGCCUUGGUGUUGGGAGAUCUGCCAGAAGUCAGAGACUUUCCACUGCUUCAGUCAUCCAAGCUCGCUAUUCAGGGUCAAAUGAGGGGUUGAAGGGCUCACACACAAAGGAGCUGUCAAAGGGAAAGCUCUCUGAUGACGAGGUCUUCAUCAGUAGCUCCAACCAAGAGAAUUGUCACUCCUUAAGCAGGGGAACCAGCAAAAACGGUGGUGGGAGCAGCAGUGCGAAUGGGAGCACCGGUGACCAAGAACUAGGCCUUGACCUGUCCAAAAAAAGCCCCUCGCUCCCUGUUGCAGCCUCCCACGAUGACACGCAGCACAGUGAAAGCCAGCAUGGCUCUCCCCAAUCUGCCUCAGCCCCUGCAGCCAACAGUGCCUCAUCGUUUGACGAGUCUGGCGUCGGAGCCCCCCACAGCAUGGCGGACAGCAGCGACCCCAUGGAGAUGGAUCUGAGCGAGGAGUGCCACCACUCACUGACAGAGAGCAGCCAGCGCAAGGGCCUCCGGUCCCGCAAGAAGGAGUGGAUCAAGAAAGACAACGCCUUUGACCGAAAGGAAGGGGGCAAAGACAGGGAUGAGGGUGAAGGGCUGCCCAACGGUAUCCUGCUGGGACCCUUGUCCAAGUCUGUGGAGAGGAGCCUGGCUGGGGCCUAUGGGGCAGAUCUGCCCUACCCAUGUAAGGAGGAGGUAGAAAACGGUAAGGAGAACAGUGACGACAGCGGCCAGAGCGAGAGUGAGAGUGGCGGCCACACCAGUGCCAAUUAUGUCUACCGGCAGGAGGGGUUUGAGCCAGUGGCCUAUGGUGACAACCUGUAUGUCUGUAUCCCCUGUGGAAAAGGCUUCCCGAGCUCAGAGCAGCUCAAUGCCCACGUGGAAACGCACACCGAGGAAGACCUUUACAUCAAGGAGGAAGGCACAUACGGCAGCAAGGAUGAAGCUGAGGAUUUGUCCAACCCCAAUCAGUCCUAUGCUGCGGAGUCCCGGCCCUUCAAGUGUUCAGUGUGUGAGAAGAGCUACAAGGAUCCAGCCACGCUGCGGCAGCACGAGAAGACUCACUGGCUGACACGGCCCUUCCCUUGCAACAUCUGCGGCAAGAUGUUCACGCAGCGGGGCACCAUGACACGGCACAUGCGCAGCCACUUGGGGCUCAAGCCCUUUGCUUGUGAGGAAUGUGGGAUGCGCUUUACCCGACAGUACCGACUAACAGAGCAUAUGCGUGUCCACUCAGGAGAAAAACCUUACGAAUGUCAACUGUGUGGUGGGAAAUUCACCCAGCAGCGCAAUCUGAUCAGCCACCUGCGAAUGCAUACCUCUCCCACAUAAGCCAAAGACUCCAGAAUGAGCUUCAAGCCCAUCCGCAGUGAUUUACCUUUCUGUAGACUUGCUGCUUAAAAAAAAACAAAAAAGAAAAAAAAAACAAAAACAAAAAAGGGGGCAACUCCCCAUACUCUGUUCAGUCAUGAGAGGCCUAAACAAAUGUAGCUUUAACAUUUAAAAAAAAAAGUUCAUUUUUUCCCCUUUUUUUAAAAAAAGAAAGGUCCACAGCCAAGCUGAUGCAUUUAGUCCCAGUCUCCCUUCAAAUUUUGAUGACCUGGCAAGAAAUACCUCUUCUUUUUGCACACAUCAACUUCAUUGCCAUAUUGCUUAUCUGGAGCAGGUAGGGGGACCUUGGGGAACUUUCACCCUCUGCUGGCUCCCUCCUCCCUGCUCUUUCUGUGUUCCUGUCACUGUACUCACCUCCUCUCUUAAAACCAAACUCAGUAGGGGUAUUUCUUGCCAUUAAAAAGAAAACAAAGUACACCUUUUCAGUGGCCUAAGUAGCUGUGAAAUAACAGCGUUCUCAAGUGCAGAAGCUGUGUCUGUGGACCAUCUCACAGGGUUGGCAGCCCCUCCAGAGACUGUGGGCAAGCCACAGUAGUGGUGGAGCCCACUCCCGUUCCCUGGGCUGGUGAUGGUGGGGGGAGCAGCUCCCAGGGCUGCACCAGCCCCAAUACUUCACUUAAAGAAAUGGCGAAGCCUCCCUUACCAUCCCUCCCCAUUUCGGUUUUGAUCUUUGUCCUUGGCACACGUAACCACGUGCCACCUUCUCCCAUCAAACACGCAAACCUCUUUUGCCUUACCCAUGACUGAACAGGGACUGGAUGCCCUGGGAAUUUCUUUCAGUGAGCAGGGGGUCGUCUUUACUUUUCUAGUAGUUUCGUAUGAAUAUUCUUUGCUUAGAGGUACUUGUUUUAUUAAAGGAAAAACCAUUGUAACGUUUAUGUGAAUGUUUGAACUGGAAGGUCUGAGGUUAAUUCUAGGGUGGGUGGGUGGGGAGGGGGUUUGAUGUAGGCUGGACUUGCUACAAGUUCCAUAGGUACUUUUUUAUUAUUUUUUUUAUUUUAUUUUUUGUGUGUGUGUAUGUUUUUAGCUUUCCUCCCUCACUAAAGAGCAAGUCUGUGUGGACAGACUUGUUACCUUUGCUACCUCUUGAAUUCAUGAGAACAAUAAGAUGGUUAGUGAAAGAUUAGGCAUUUUUUUUCUUUUAUUGUAAGUAAUUAAAUGUAAAAAAGUAGAAGCUAAAUUAAAGUUAAGGGAUUUUUACCACCCCGUCCUUCCAUCAAAAGUCAACUAGAGAAAUGUUAAAGCAAAGCUUGGCCAAAGACAAAGAAAAAAGUACACUGAGUUAGAGGCUGUGCUGGCUGCUUGGACUGGCUCAAUUCGCAGUCUCUUGCCUGUCUGUAGUCACUUUUAGAUAAAAGCAGAAAACUUCUCUGAGCUUUUUGGGCCCUUUCCAGCUUUGUUUAUUGAGUCUGGAUACUAUGGGGAGGGGAAAAUGUCCCCCUCAUCUUCCACUCCCCCAGCACAUCUGGGUCAGUCUGUAAACACCUGGCAGGACAGAGGGUGAGGGCAUAGCAGCCUAUAAUUUACUAGAAUCCAGAGUGCAAUAAGGUGGGGGAGAGGAGGAGAAAGCAAACCAAAGUGUUUCAUAUCCUCCCUUUUAGACAAUUUAACACACGCACACAAAAAAAAAAAAAAAAAAAAAGAAAAAAUGAAAAGAAAAAGAAACAAAAUGUUCUUGCAACAUCUGCCUAAGACAUCACAGCCAACAGCUGCUAUUGGUUUAGGAGAGAAGACAGAGAACUUUGCCCACUGAUUCUUGGCCCCCUUGACUUUGUUGGCGUGACCUUGUGGAAAGCUAUGGCUUAUUUCAAGCCUCCCGUGACUGUGGUGGUAAAAAUUCACAGCCAGUAGAAUCAUCCCUUCUGAAAUGACUAAGGUUU